CAAGUUCGUUUUGCGGCGAUAUCGUUGCGGCACUUUUAGCCUGGCCAAAACACACACAAGAAUUGGCAGUAAGCAAAGCCAAAGGCAACAAACCAACUGCCAACAAUCUCAACUGCCAACUGCCAACAAAAUAAAUAUUUUAGUGUUCAGUGUUCGUGUUGAAAAGUGCGUCGAAACCAAAACCAAAACGAAAACCAAAACAACAACCCAAAUUCGAAAGGUGUGACAAAGCGAAAGAAAGUUAAACGAAUAACAAACAAUAAACUUGACAAAGCCUAUAAACAAUUUACGCCACGACGAGAGGAGAGGUGAGGAGAGGGGGCGUGGCUAAGCCCCGCGAGUGCUUUUCAAUUGUGCAAAGGGCUAAAGCGAAAUGCAAAUUCAUUCAACUCACUCGCUGACAAGUGACUAAAACAAUAAACACACAAAAUGCUUGACUAAAAUACCAACAACAACAACAACCACAACAACAAUAACAACAACAACAACAGCAAUAAAAGUAGCUGAGUGGACGAGCGAUCAAUCGAGCAACCAUCAAGUGCAACAGCAGCAGCCACAUCAACAUCCUCCAAAAUAACCGAGUCGAGGAGGAGGAGAAGGAGGAGAACCCAUAAUAAUAAAGGGAGGAAGCAAUUGAAACGAUUGGCAACACUUUUACGAGUUGCCAACUACUUUUUACAACGAAUUUUCAUUAUUGCACAAGUCAACAUAAGCUGAGCGGAAGCCCGUGGCGCGUUCCGGUUCAACAACAACAGAGACGGAGUUGCGUUGAUUGGUUUCCUAGUAUGCGAUGGCAGCGGCGACAGCGCGACUGGAGGAGGAUCGACGACUCCAACUACGACUGCGACUGCGACUGCGACAGCGAUCCGCGACACGCGACAUAGCCAGCGAUAACAGCGCCCGGGAGCGAACAUUGGCCACCAAGGUGCGACGAAAAGAACGACGUCCGCUGCGACGAUUGCAUCCGCCGAUUGCGAUACCGCUGGGCCAGCUCCUCUGGCUGCUGUGCUGCCUGUGCGGCCAGCUGCGUGCCGAGUGCCUGUCGGUGUGCGAGUGCAAGUGGAAGAGCGGCAAGGAGUCCGUCUUGUGCCUUAACGCCAACCUCACACAUAUCCCCCAGCCGCUCGACGCUGGCACUCAGCUGCUCGAUCUGAGUGGCAACGACAUCCAGACGAUACCCGACGACAGUUUCGCCUCGGCGCAGCUGCUCAAUCUGCAGAAGGUCUACUUGGCACGCUGUCGCCUGCGGCUGAUCGAACGCCAUGCGUUCCGCAAGCUCAUCAACCUCGUCGAAUUGGAUCUGAGUCACAAUCAGCUGGCGGCGAUUCCCUCGCUCGCCCUCUUUCACGUCUCCGAGCUACGCGAGCUGCGACUCUCCGGCAACCCCAUCAGCCGGGUGCCCGACGACGCCUUCGGUCAUGUGCCGCAGCUGGUGCGCCUCGAGCUGAGCGAUUGUCGCUUGAGCAGCGUCGCUGUCCGCGCCUUUGCCGGCCUAGAGAGCAGCCUCGAGUGGCUCAAGCUCGAUGGCAAUCGAUUGAGUGAAGUCCGCUCCGGCACCAUCACAUCCCUUGCCUCGCUGCACGGCCUCGAGCUGGCACGCAAUGCCUGGAACUGCAGCUGCAGCUUGCGGCCGUUGCGCUCCUGGAUGUUGCAACAGAACAUUCCCAGCGGCAUUCCCCCAACCUGCGAGUCACCUGCCCGGCUGGCAGGGCGUGCCUGGGACAAGCUGGAUGUGGAUGACUUUGCGUGCGUGCCGCAGAUUGUGGCAACCGAUACCACAGCCCAUGGCGUCGAGGGACGCAACGUGACCAUGAGCUGUUACGUCGAGGGUGUGCCUCAGCCUGCGGUGCGUUGGCUGCUCAAGAAUCGCCUGAUAGCGAACCUGAGUGCCGCCGGCGCUGGCGAUGCGGCGGAUGAGCCACGCACCGCUGCAGCGACGCAAGGCCGCAAGACGUAUGUGGUCAACAUGCUGAGGAAUGCAUCGAAUCUCACGAUACUCACGGCAGACAUGCAGGAUGCGGGCAUUUACACCUGUGCCGCGGAGAAUAAAGCGGGCAAAGUGGAGGCGAGCGUCACGUUGGCCGUCUCCCGACGUCCACCGGAGGCGCCUCUCGGUGUGCGCAUCGUGCUGCUGGGCGUCUUGGCUGCACUGCUGUUUGUGGUCGGCUCCUCGUUUGCGGCCAUCUGCUUCUGUUCGCUGCGACGGCGCCGGAAGUUGCGACUGUGGAACUCGGUGCCGCCGGUGCGACGCAGCGAGAGCUACGAGAAGAUUGAGAUGACAUCCCGAGUGCGUCCCGAUCUCGGUGGCGGUGCCAGUUGCGGUGGCGGCAGCGCCACGGGUGCGGCGCUCUUUCACGACGUCGAGGAAUCGAGUUAUCUGCGGGCCACGCACACACCGCUGAGUGCGGGGGGCGGUUGCGGAGGUGAGAGCAAUGCUGAUGUCGCGGCGAUUGUGAAUCCGAGCGCGGGAAAUGGCACGCGACGCAAUGGCGACUACCUGCAUGUGUCGACGCACUGCGACGACGAGGACGAGGAGUCAUCGUCAUCGCCACCGCAGCUGCAGCUGCAGCUGCCACAUCCUCAGCACCAACUGCAGCGCAAGGGCUCCAAUGGCAUUUCCGCAUCCGUUGCGAAUAAUUCAGUGGCAGCCACAGCGACGACGACGACGACGACGUCGACGGCGAUGGAGGAAACGGAUCUGCACAUACCACGACUGAUUGACAUCGGCGGCACCGAUUCAGCUUCUAGUUCGAUCUCCAGUCAAGUGGAUGCCGCUGCUCGGCUUGCGGGCUAUGCGAGCAGCUGGAAGACGACGCCCAUAGCGACAACGAAGAUCACCUCGCCGCACAGCCAGCCAGUUGCGGGUCAAGGGGCAACGACUGCCACGCCCUUCACGCACUACGGCAACCAUGCGGCAGACGAGAUGGCCACCUCGGUGUUCUGCAGCAGCAAUGGCGAUGGCCAGGAGCAUGAUCUCUUCGACAGCAACUAUCCCGAUCUGUUGGACAUUGCCAAGUACGCCGUGGCCCAAGCUCAAUCCCAGGCGGGUCACGUUUACCCGGGAGGAGCAGUAGCGGGGGCAACAACGAACGGAGGACUGUGCACGCUGCCGAGGAAGCUGAAGCACAGUGGCAAGUAUUUCCGCAACUCGUCGGACAGUCAAUCGCCGCUGCUGGCGGACAACUCAAGCAAGUACGGCAGCAGCACCUUGGGCGAUGGGAGUUUUCUCAACGAGGCGAUGGGAUUGGGCAGACGCUACUCGGCGGAAUCGAGCUAUGCCAACUAUGCCAGCACAACGACCUACACAGGUGGCGGACAGCGGGCGAAUAGCUUCUUGAAUCUGGUGCAGAGUGGAGCCCACAAGGGCGGACUGCAUGCCCAUCAUUUGGGGCAGAAGCCAAGUUUACCGUCGUCGCCUGUUCAGCAUCAGCGAUCGCUUAGCAGCGCAGCGACGCCGCUGUUGGAUUUCUCAGCGCUGGCCACUCGAGCGGCGGGGGCUGCCAACUCGUCGGCAGCUGCCUAUGACUAUCAUGCGGCGCAGCUGGAGCGAUUCCUCGAGGAGUAUCGCAACCUGCAGGAUCAGCUGUGCAAGAUGAAGGAGACCUGCGACACGAUACGCAAAAAGGAGACGCCACUGCGUGUCGCCAUCGGCCAGUCGGCUGCCCAGCUGGCCGAUCCUGUGAUGUACAGCGCGGCCACAGCCUCGCACAGUCCCAAGCCCCCGACCAGCACGCUCAAGGCGAAAACUCUCCUCCCCGGCCAGCCGCCCGAUCCGCCGCCCUAUUGGCUGCACCGCAAUGCGAUGCUCAAGCGCCUCAAUGCUGCCGAGGCAGUUGGCCAGCAGAGCAAUGGAGGCGCUGGCGGUGGCGCCUCUUCACCUCAGCCGGGGCAGGAUAUCUUCAAGAGCUAAUCGAACUUGUGUACAGCCGACUAAGCCACAAAAGUUACCAACAGCGACUUCGGUCCACACCGAAGCACACAUCUAACCUUGCAAAGCAGUUGAGGAAACGGUAAAUAAUAUUUGAAUUUUCUGAGAGAAACAUGUUGAUCAAACUCAAGAAUUUGCUAAGCAAACGGCAAACAUAUAUUAUUCGAAGUUCAGAGAAUAGUUUGAAAUAGUCAUGAAAGCAGAACUUUAUAAGCUGUCGCAAUAAUUCUAAAGAAAUUUGAACUGAUUGAUAUUUGUUUUUUUCUGUGAGAAGCAAUUUUAAUCAAACUCAAAUAAUUGCUAGGCAAUGGCAGGUAAAUUAUUUAAAUAACUUCUUUUUAGACCUGAAAUUAUUGACUUGUUUAAUUAUGGAAAGCUGCAAGCAAACAUAUUCUUUAAAUGCAUAAAUUGUCACAAGAAUUCUGAAUUGAUUGAAUAUGAACUGAUUUAAAUAUUUGAUUAUUCUUCAAGACGCAUUUUGAUCAAAUUUAAAUACAAGUAAAUCAGUUCGGAAUUUUCUAUUUUAAUUGGAAUUGCAAGCAAAUAUAUUCUCUAAAUUUAUUAAAGUUAAAACUAGUUGUGGAAGAACAUCUUAUGUUAUCAUAAUGAUUAUGAAAAAUCAGAGAUGAAUUUGCCCCCAGAACAAAAAUAUAUUUUAAUUUGGAUUCUAACUACAGCUGAAAGUUUUUUAAGCAAAAUAUGGAACCAUAUCUAAAUUAAUUCUUAAAGUUUGCUGAAGUAAACACAAAAAAUUAUUUCCAAGGAAGUAAAAGCUUAAUCAUAUCUAAGUUGUCUAUUAAAACUACUUUUAUUAAGCCUUACAAUUGAUAUAGCUGAUAAUUGCAAAGCAACAUAGCUGCCAAGUCAAUUAAAUCAAUUAUUAAUUUAUAAUUUUAUUUUGAAUUGAAACUGAAAAAUGAAAUAAAAUGAAUCAAGAAUUUCAAAGAAGUUGAAACUAUUAAUGAAAAAUAUUCAGUAAUGCUUAAGCUACAAAAGAAAUAUAAUUUACGUUGCCACAACUAUUCAAAACAGCAAAAGAGAAGUCAAAUUAAUGUUGAGCUUUGCAUUGAGCUACAAAUUAUAAUUUAUGAAAUAUGUUUAAUGAAAUGAAGAUGUUCUUUAAAUCAAGUAUUUAAUUUAAAGUGCAUCUUCAUUUUAUAAAUCAUAUAACCAAGAUGAAUAGAACAAAUGGAAAAAUAAACUUAUCAAAAAAAGUCGACAACACAUUUCUUCAACUGCUUGCAAGGUGCUGUGUAAUGAAUUUUUCGAAACUUCGCAUUAGUUAGGUUUAGGUUUAGGUAGCUGGGGUUUAUCACUCUCUGGCUCUUUGCUGGCCAGCCCCUCUGUUGUAUUAUAGAACACACACUUUUCCACUCUUUCUACUCGCUACGCAUAUUAACAACAACAAAAGUCAGUCACAAUGUAAGUGUAUAGACAGUUCCCUACCCUUCCCCUUUCCCAUUCCUUUUAUCUUCUCCCUAAAAAAAUACUAUUUGAAAAAAUAGAAAAGAAGAAAACUCAACUCUCCAAAUAUUUCCCCCCCAGAAACUCUCGUGUUAGUCCAACUAAAAGUGUUUUUGUACUUUAAGCGAUCUAAUUAAAUGAUAAUAAUAAUAAUUAUAAUUAAAAUAUAUAUAUAUAUUAAAGAAGAAUACCUAUUGUAAGUGGGGAAUUGAGUUGGCAAAGACUGCAGGCAUUGAUUGAUUGAUUGAUGGUGAUUGAUUGUGUGUUUAUUUGUUUGUUUCAUUGUUAGACACGUUUUACUAGAACUUUAAGUUAACUUUAACUGUGCAAAAAUCAAAUCAAAGUUGAAGAUUUAAGAGAUUAAUCAACGCCAACUCAAUUCAAGAACAGAAACGAAACGAAACGAAAAGAAUUGUAAUUACCAAUAAUAACAAGAGAAACAGCAACAACAUUAUAUUUUAGGGUGUCACUAAACUAAAACUCAAAGACAAAACAAAACAGAAAAAAAGAUUAUAAAUAAAUUAGUUGAGAAUUGAAACAAAACACAGAAAAAUAGCAAAAAAAAAAAUGAAGAAAAUAAAUAAAAUAAAA